CUGAACAGAGACCUUUUCAUUUCUGUCCCUUGCUACUCUGUUGUAUCUGAUCUCUACUGCCCGCGUCAAGCCCGCCCGGUACGCUCUGCAACACCAAUCGUGUGCUUGGCGAUUGGUCCUCCUCACUUGACAACCACAUCACCAAUCUCGCGAUCCAUCAGACCCUCUGACAUCAUGGCCGACCCGACGCAAAACCAACAAACCGACACCGCGGACCCCGUCGUCGCGCCAGUCACUAAGGAAGACGCCGAGACCACGGCCGCCCGCCGCGAACUCAAGCACACAUCCAUCUCCGAGCAAAGCGCCGCCGCAGCCCAAGAUAGCGGAUCAGACAAUGGCACCCCUACAGCCGGCUCAAGGAAGGCCACCCCAGAGCCUGCAAUUGGUGACGAUAAGGACACCGAAAUGAAGGAGCAGGUUUCGUCUCCCAAGAAGAAGCGAGCACACGACGAGCUUGAAGAGAGCAAGGACGCCAUCGACGCUCAAUCCGGGGACCAGCCUUCCACAGAGGAGGCCAAGCCCACCGCGACCCAAAGUAGGACAGACAGGUCCGAGCCGGAGAAGAAGCGCGCCCGUGACGAGGCAUCCGCGUCGGACGAUGGAGUAAAGGAGACUACUUCCUCAGUAUCCGUCGAGACACCCACCACCGAGAUUCCUUCGAAGCCCGCCGAGUCAGCAGCAGAAAUUAAGCCCACGAGCGAAGAGAAGCCCCAGACAUCAUCCUCCGCCUUUGCCCAGUCCGGUUUCGCCAAGCUUGCCAGCUCUACAACCUCUCCCUUUGGCGCCCUAGGCGCCUCGGCAGCCCCCAGUCUUUUCGGCUCUACAAACUCCGGAUCUGCCUCUCCCUUUGGCACUCUCAGCGCUUCCACCACAGCAGCGGCUCCCACGCCGCCCAAACUUAGCUUCGGCAGCUCCGCUGCGGCACCUUCGCCAUUUGCUGGCUUUAACAGCGCCAGCUCCGGCUCUGUGUUUGGUGGCGGGUUUUCUAGCGGCUUUGGAGGCAGCGCGCUGGGUGGAGCUAAGCUUACAAGUUUCGGUGGUAAGCCCGGUGAGACUUUGAUGAGCAGCAAGCCUGCCAAACCUUUUGGUGCGCCAGAGAGCGACGCGGAGGAGAGUGAAGAGGAGGGCGGUAACGAGAAAGAGGACACGGGGGCAAAUGAGGACAAGGAGGGUGAGAAUGACGAGGCUAGGACUGCGGCGGAGGAAGAGAAAAAGUUGAAGCUGCGCAAGGUCGUUGUCGAUGACGGCGAGGGUGAGGACGCCACGCUACUAGCGGUGCGCGCCAAGAUCUUCGUUAUGGAGAAGGGUGUCGGCUGGAAGGAGAGGGGAGCUGGCAUGCUCAAGGUCAAUGUGCCCAAAGCGAGCGUCAAGCGAGAUCACAACGGCAACUGGGACGCGACUUCCUUUGACGCCUCGGCACUGGUGGAGGACAGCGGUGACGGAGAGGCGGGCAGCGGUGGCGGCCGGAAGAGUGUCCGUCUCGUCAUGCGCCAAGACCACACCCUCCGUGUCAUUCUCAACACGGCCAUCGUACCGGCCAUGACGUUCGCCGUGACUAAGAAGCUGAAGGCGGCAUAUGUCCUGUUUACGGCAUUUGAGGGCACGGAGCCGAGACAGGUGCAGGUGAAGCUGAGCGAGGCCAACGCUACUGCCUUCAAAGAUCUUAUGGAUCUUAUACAGAAGGAGCUUUCCGAUGAGUAAGAGAUUUGCAAACUACCUCUCAACGACGUUUUGUUUCACCUAGAUGAGAGCGAAGCCGGACUGGCAAGACGGUCAACAUCGAGAUCAUGUUUACAUGUUCAUGUUAUUAGGUGGCUUGCGCCUUGUGGAAUGGAUAGGUGAACGGCCGGGUGAUGGGACGGCUGAGGUGACGGUUGAGGAAGGAGGAACGAAAAUACCAGGGCAGUGGCCUUUUCUCGGAAGAGGGGCUGGCUCGCUUGCAUUUCACAUUAUUGCGGGACUCCUCGCAAAGGACCACUCGGGUCGUCACAUAAGGAGGUGGCCCCUUUUAUCUUUGAUAUCGAUCCUGUGUUACUAGAUGGGUGUGAGGAAGACAUAACGAACACUUGAAGAACAGCUAGAGGUAUAUCAUCCGCUAAGUUUUUUCUCGCUUCCUG